GCUUAUACUUCUGGCAAAUGUUUAGCAACAAGUUAUCCAAAGAUCCAUAUAUACUCUCUACAUUUAAGCAACAAAAAAAGUUUCUUGCGACAUGAUUCAAUAAUAAAUUAGUUAGCUAGCUAUAGGCCUAAAUUCCAUAUCCCCCGGAGAAAAAAAAACAUUUUUUCUCUUCUUUGGGAAGUCCUUUAGGUUUUCAAUUAAUUUUCACACACUUAAGUCCUAGCUAAAUCCAUCUUUCAUGCAUGUGAUCUUCUGAAAAAAGGACAAAAAAAGGUCUUUUCUUUUUCCCCUUGGCUUGUUUAAUUUACAAGCUUCAAGGUCUAGGGUUUCCUUUGAACUUGUCAAAAUUCUCAAAAAUGGAAGGAGAAGGGAAGGAAGAAAUUGAUCUACCACCAGGAUUUCGUUUUCAUCCAAGUGAUGAAGAGCUUAUAACAUAUUAUCUUGUGAACAAGAUUUCUGAUUCUACGAAUUUUACAGCUAGAGCUAUUGGAGAUGUUGAUCUUAACAAAUCUGAGCCAUGGGAUCUUCCAGGGAAGGCAAAAAUGGGAGAGAAAGAAUGGUAUUUUUUCAGCCUAAAAGAUAGGAAGUAUCCAACAGGGGUGAGAACAAAUAGAGCAACAAAUAGUGGAUACUGGAAAACAACUGGGAAAGACAAGGAGAUUUUCAGUAAUUCAGAAUUGGUUGGUAUGAAGAAAACAUUGGUAUUUUAUAGAGGAAGAGCUCCAAGAGGAGAAAAAACCAAUUGGGUAAUGCAUGAAUAUAGGAUCCAUUCCAAGUCCUCCUACAGAACACACAAGCAAGAUGAAUGGGUGGUUUGCCGUGUAUUUCAGAAGAGUGGCACUGCAGGAGGGAAAAAAUACCCUUCAUCAAACAAUUCAUCAAGAAUUCAUAUGAACCCCUACACUACACUAGAUCACAUAAAUCCAAACACAAUAUGCAUGUCCACACAAAUGAUGAUGCCACAAGCUGAACAUAAUGCCUUUCAAUUAGCCAUGGGAAGAUCAUCAUCAAGCGCUUAUAACAUGAUCAACCAUCCAGAAAUUCAAGAACUCCAUAGGGUUUUCCGAGGCGUUUCUUCAUCGUCUAACAUGAUGAGCUUGCAGCCAAUUCUUCAAUCCCAAAUGAACUAUAACUUAGGUGGAAGUAGUAGUGGUGGAGGAGGAGAUAAUUGUUUUACUAUUUCAGGCUUGAAUUUGAAUCUUGGUGGUGGCGGUGGCGGUGGCGGUGGCGGUGGUGGCGGUGCCAACACUUCUCAGCCAGUGCCACAAGUUAUGAACCAACAACAAGAUAUGAUGACAACUGAUCAUCAGGCUGGUUAUGGUGAAGAUAUGACUAGUGGAAAUGCCAUGAAUAGAUUCAUGACUAUGGAGAAUUGUGCUCAUGAUCAUUUAGACAACUAUUGGGCUACUUAUUGAUCAGUAUUGUUUGAAUCCUCCAAAAUUGUAACACGCAUGCAUGUCAGAUCUUCUAAAACUAAUGUAUUUUUGAAGGAUUCAAGCAGCAUAGUAUUCAGAGAGAAGAAUAUCAUCUAAUUAGAGGACAAGUUCUAUAUAAAAUAAUUAGUAGUUUGGAGAUAUACAUAUCUAUAUUUUCUUCUAAAGUUAGUACUUCAUAUGUUUAUGGAGGUUCUUUUUUUUUUUUUUUCUUCUUUUUAGUAAAGCUACUAAAGUUUGAAUGAAGAUGACUCAAAUUAAUUUUGUGGCUCUCUUGUUUGUUCUUAGUUUGUUUGGAAAGGAAAUGAAUGGAAAUAUGAAAGGAAAGGAAAGGUUCAUCCUUCCCUUUACUUCCAAAUAUUUCUGUAUUUAAUUUCAGAAACAUAAUUUGUUGCUUUCUCAUUCUUGUUCAAUGAUCAUGUUGUUUGUGGAGUGUAGCUGACUUGUGCAGUUUGAUAUUUGACAAAGGUAAAGGAAGAGUUUUUUUCCCUUGGACAGAACUCCAUUUUUACCUCAACAAGGGUGCAUAAAGUCUCUCAUCUAUGCACAAGCAAUCUGGUAAAUGGGGUUCUUGAAAGGGCAUUUUUGGGGAAAAGGGUCUUGUGGAGCUUAAGGGCCCGAAGUUUGGUAAGUAUUUGUUAGGAAGAAUUGGAUAGAAUAGAGAAGUGACACAAGGAUGAAGCAUUUGGUGGGAAGUCCAGGAACUGUGAGUGGGUUGUCAUUGAGAUUUGGACAAUGUUUAUUUGCAGCUGGCUCAAUCGGGGUCAUGGUUUCUGCUUCUGGUUUCUCUAAUUACACUGCUUUCUGGUAUAUAUAUGCCUUAAUUUUUCUUAUCUUCUAUAGCUAGUUUUGUUGUUGUUUUCCCAAUGUCAACUAUAGCUAUUGGUUACUAUUUGUUCUUUUUCUUUUUGUACUUCCAUUAUCGUAUUGUCAUGUUGUGGUUAUUGUUUAGGAUGAUUCGUCAGGUUGUAUAGUAGUUUGAUGGCUUCA